UCAGCAUCUCUCCUGAGCCAGCGAGGGAGUUGCGCUCUCACCAUGUUGGGGAUUGAAAGAUGCUUAAAAUGAUAAAGCAGCACAGGAGUGAAAUUUAAAAUAAAUUCUGCCAGAAAUGGAUGGAUGUGAUGGAUAAACCUAAACUUUGGACGAGUGGGACUGUUUGUUCUUUCUGAGUCUGUCUCAAAAGGGAAUCAGCCUGACUGACUCUGCACCACCAACAUGCCAGUCCUGGACCAAGAACCCUCCAAAGAUUUAGGGGGCGGAGAUGGGCUUCCUAAGCUGCCACUUCCCGCCCUGAAGGACACUCUGGAGGUGUACCUGAGGUGUGUGAAGCACCUGCUCACAGAGGAGCAGUUCAACAAGACCCAAAAUAUAGUGAAGCAGUUUGGAGCCCCUGGAGGGGUGGGGGAGCUACUGCAGAGCAAGCUCAUGGAGAGAAGACAGAACAAGGCGAACUGGGUGUAUGACUAUUGGCUGAAUGACAUGUACCUGAACAACAGACUGGCUCUGCCCGUCAACUCCAGUCCUGUGAUGGUCUUCCCACAGCAGAACUUCAAGGCUCCCAUCGACUCUUUACGGUUUGCUGCACACUUAAUUUCUGGAGUUUUGGAAUACAAGACUCUUCUUGAUGCACAUGCCCUGCCUGUGGACUACGCCCGGGGCCAGCUUGCUGGAACCCCUCUGUGUAUGGAGCAGUACUAUCGCCUCUUCACUUCCUACCGCUUACCGGGGCCUGAGAGGGACACACUAGUGGCCCAGGAGAGUAGUGUGAUGCCAGAACCUGAACACAUCAUUGUGGCUUGUAAAAACCAGUUCUUUGUGCUGGAUGUGGUGAUCAACUUCCGCCGACUGAAUGAAAGAGACCUGCUGACUCAGCUGGAGAAGAUUGCCAGAAUGGCUGACAUCGAGGAAGAACAGCUCCCACCUAUUGGUCUUCUCACUUCAGAUGGGCGGACAGAGUGGGCCGAGGCUCGUAGUGCGCUAAUGAGAGAGUCUACUAACAGGGACUCUCUGGACAUGAUCGAGCGUUGUCUCUGUCUGGUCUGUCUUGAUGAUGCCACUGGGCCUGAGCUAAGUGACACCACACGUGCCAUGCUGAUGCUACAUGGCGGAGGAGCAGCCAAGAAUGGGGGAAACCGCUGGUAUGACAAACCCAUGCAGUUUGUCGUAGGAGCUGACGGCUGCUGCGGAGUCGUGUGCGAACACUCAGCGUUUGAAGGAAUUGUCCUUGUGCAGUGCACAGAGUAUCUACUCAAAUACAUGAUUGGCAGCCCAUCAAAGCUGGUCAGGGCUGCAAGUGUGAGCGAGCUGCCUGCACCACGUAGACUCCGCUGGAAAUGUACUCCAGAGAUUCACAAACUCCUCGCCUCUUCUGCUGACAAACUACAGAGGCUGGUGAAAAAUCUGGACAUGAAUGUCCAUAAAUUCUACGACUAUGGGAAAGAGUUCAUCAAGAAACAAAAAAUGAGUCCAGAUGCCUACAUCCAGGUUGCCCUGCAGUUAGCCUACUACCGAUGUCAUGGCAGACCGGUGUCGACCUAUGAGAGUGCUUCCAUAAGGCGUUUUAAGGAGGGUAGAGUGGACAACAUCCGCUCAGCCACACCAGAAGCCCUGGCCUUUGUCAAAGCAAUGACUAAUGGGGAACAGAGCACAUGCGAUAAAGAAAAGAUGGAGAUGUUACGAGGUGCUAUCUCCGCGCAGACAAAGUAUACUAUUCUGGCUAUUACAGGGAUGGCGAUAGACAAUCACUUACUGGGACUACGUGAAAUUGCACAUGACCUGAAGAUAGAGAAGCCAGAAAUAUUCAAAGACGAAGCCCAUCUCAUCAGCAAUCAGUUCAUUCUCUCCACAAGUCAGGUUCCUACUACUGUCGAGAUGUUCUGCUGCUACGGACCCGUGCUUCCAAACGGAUAUGGAGCGUGCUACAACCCUCAGUCCAACCACAUUAUCUUCUCUGUGUCCAGUUUCCGCGAGAGCCCGGAGACAAGUUCAGCAGAAUUUGUCAAGUGUCUGGUGCAGGGACUCCUGGACAUGAGGGAUCUGUGCAAUAAAUGUAACUCCGGCUCCAACGCGGCCGCGCAGAGACAGGGUCAGACACUGGAGACGCACACGCAAACAGACACAAACUGGCAAAGCAAAACACUGCAGACAUCAGCUGACCUUACCAAGAAUCAGCAAACGCUGCCACAGGUUCUGCUGAAGACACCAGACCAGACUAAAGUGGAGGCUCAAACCCAGACUUCAUCACAGGGAGAGGCACAAGCUUUAAAGAAUGGGAGUAAAUCAUAGGAAACUGUGAAAAUUAUGGCGGUGAGAUUUUAAAUGUGUGUUUUUGUGCUGCAACAAUGUAUUCCUCUUGAGUCAUUCACAAAAUAUAAACUGUAACUGUGAUACAAAAUGUUACGUAAAGCUGUUUACUGUAUUGUAAUAUGUAUCAAGUGCUGAAGAGAAUCUAAUUAUUCUUAUAGAGCAUUAGAGGUGUGUAGUUGUUGUAGAGGUUUUUCUGCUGUUGUCACAAAAAAAAUCUAAUAUACAACAGUAAUUAAAAUGUAUGUCACAAUGGGAACUGUACUUAGGUAAAAAUACAAGCCAAAUUUGUGCUUUUGAUUGUUAUUUUGCACUAAAUUGAGGUGAAUCAGCCAAAGAAAAAAGAAUAGACGUUUGGUGACGACCAGUGCUACAGUUGAGGUUAUCACUUUGUCCAUGAAGUCUGUAAGUCAGUUUGACAUUGCAAUCUGUGAGUGAUGAUAAAUGGCUGAUUGUCUCACUAUAUGUCAACUUGCGAAUCGCAUGCUGCUAUUAAAUGAUUUUAUGAAGAUUAUGGUACAUUGUAAAACUAGAGUCUUCUAUGCAAUUUCCAUUUGUGUUGAGUUUAUUGUACCAACAAUACAUGUGGUAUUACUAAAAAUGUCUGUAUCCUUUCAUCAAAUCAUUAGACAUUUAGUUCAUACUGUAUUGUAUUUAAGAAACAAAAAGCAACUGAACCACAUGUUAAAGGGAUACUAUUUAGUUUAACAAAGAAUGUUAAGUGUGAUCAAAACUGUGUAUUUGUAAAUCUAUAAGCAGAAUAUAUCAUAUAUAUUACAUAUAUAUAUAUUACAUAUUAAGUUCUUUAUUUUUGUAUGAUAUAAUGUUACAGGGUGUUUAUGUAAUGUUUGAAAAGUAAGUACAUGAAACUUACAAACCAGAGGUGAUCACUGUGUCUAUUACUGUCCAAGUAUUGUAUCUAUAAAUUGCUGUUGAAAAUUAAACUAAAAGAAAAGGAACUAAGAUGUAUGUUCAUUUUGAUGUUGCAUAUACCAUGUUUGAGCUAAAAAAAAAAAAAAAAUCUACUCUGGUUGUGUUUUAUGAAAAAUAUAACGAUAACCACAUAUUCAGGUAGUAAAGCAACUGGAGUAGCUUCAUAUAAUGACAUGUAAUAAAAUAAAUAAUCCACAUAAUAA